CCUGGGGCCGGACCGGGGCGGGCUCAGCCGGGCGGUGGGUACCGGGGGGGUCGGGCGGUGGCAUCGCGGCGCCGGAGCUGCGAGCGGUCGGCGAGGUGGGACCGGCAAAGGGGGCACCGAGCCCAGCCCGGCACCGCCGCGAUGCCCUCCGGACCCCCCCAUGCAACAGCCACUGGUUCGGGGCACCGCUGAGCCCUGUGGGGCUGCCCUUCUCCCCCUCCCCCCCCGCGGACGCUAUGCGGACCAUGAGCCCCUUGCCCCUCUUUUUACUGCUGCUUUGGGAUCUCCUGGACCUGGCACUGGCCUACCUGACAGUCAGCAUUGAGCCACUGCCACCCGUGGUGGUGGGCGACGCUGUGACACUGAAAUGCAACUUCAAGACGGAUGGGAAGAUGCGGGAGAUCGUCUGGUACCGGGUCACUGAUGGUGGCACAAUCAAGCAGAAGAUCUUCACCUUUGAUGCCAUGUUCUCCACCAAUUUCUCACAUAUGGAGAACUACAGGAAGAGGGAGGACCUGGUCUACCAGUCCACAGUGCGCCUCCCUGAGGUUCGCAUUUCAGACAACGGCCCCUAUGAGUGUCACGUCGGGAUUUAUGACCGAGCUACAUGGGAGAAGGUGGUCCUGGCCUCCGGUAAUAUAUUUCUCAACGUGAUGGCUCCACCAACAUCUAUCUCUGUGAUCGCCGCUGACACACCAGCGCCCUUCAGCCGCUACCAGGCACAGAACUUUACCUUGGUGUGUGUAGUGUCCGGUGGCAAGCCCGCCCCACUGGUGUACUUCAAGCGUGACGGGGAGCCCAUUGAGGCCACCCCGCUGCCAGAACCACCAGCUGCCACUGGGAACUGGGCACCUCGCAACCUCCUACACCGUGACCUGGAUGACACCAAGGUGCCCCAAUCAGUGGCCGAGGGAGAAAUGGGGGGCGGGCCCCCCAACACUGCAGAACCCCCGCGGGGGCUGGUGGCUGAGCGGGAUCCCACCACUGAAGCCAUCCCUGAAACCGUGGUGAGCCGGGAGUUCCCCCGCUGGGUGCACGUGGCGGAGCCCAUUUACUAUUUCCGCCACACGCACGUGCCCAUCAGUGAUGGCACCGUGGAGGCGCGGGCCACCCUGACCUGGACCCUCAACCCCCAAAUCGAUAAUGAGGCGCUCUUCAGCUGCGAGGUGAAGCACCCAGCGCUCUCCAUGCCCAUGCAGUCAGAGGUGACUCUCGUUGCUCCCAAGGGCCCUAAAAUCAUCAUGACCCCAGUGAGAGCACGCGUUGGAGACACUGUUCGGAUCUUGGUGCAGGGCUUUCAGAAUGAAGUCUUCCCUGAGCCCCUCUUCACAUGGACCCGUGUGGGAAGCCGGCUCCUGGAUGGCAGCGCCGAGCACGCUGGGAAGGAGCUGGUGCUGGAGCGAGUGCCAGCUGAACUCAAUGGCUCCAUGUACCGCUGCACUGCGCAGAACCCAUUGGGUUCCACUGACACCCACACUCGCCUCAUUGUCUUUGAAAAUCCAAACAUUCCCCGAGGAACAGAGGACUCCAAUGCUAUGCAGGGACAAGUUUGCUCCAGAGGCCCCGGAUGGAUGGGAAUUAGGGGGAUUAGCCGCUCUGUUUUCAUCCUGAAGCAAAAAGAACCAAGCAUUCGAAUCCCUGCCGGCAAGAAAGGAUGCCAGCUGCUGAAUCCCCAGCUCUACAAACCAGCUGCCCUCUGCUCCAAAGUAGGUAACAAACACUUUCUGCAUCUGUUUAAGAUGAGAACCUUUCUUACAGGGAAAUCCGUGCUAUUUGGGUUACCCGUCUGCUGUAGACCACACAGCACAGUUCCCAAUGGCACAGAUACUCCUUGCUGGGUCAGAAAUGCAGUAACCCCAGUUGCACUCUGGGGCUCUCAUCCAAAUGCAGUUAAACAACUGUUAUGCCUGCUUACUGUGCAAAUGGGGAUGUACAGACCCCCAAAUCUCUGUUCAAGUGCAACAUUAUCACCUAAACCAUGGAAAUGAGUGUAAGGAAGGCAGUGCCAUC